AUGUCGGCAAGCGACAAUGAAAAGGUUGCUCCCCAUGCCGUGGAUCCUGAGGUAUCCCAGGAUCCCACCGUGACUGGCAAGCCAUGGAUGUACAAGCCGAUUAAGAUUGGUCCCUGGACUCUGCCGUAUUUUGCUUCUCCGCAGUUCCAGCUGAUCCUGGUUUCCUUCGUCUGCUUCCUCUGCCCGGGCAUGUACAACUCCGUCUCGGGUCUCGGUGGUGGUGGUCAGCUUAAUUUGUCCGAUGUCAGUAAAUCAAACACCGCCACCUACAGUACUUUCGCCGUCGUUGGGUUCUUCGCCGGUUCCAUCGCAAACCGCAUUGGUCUGCAAUUGACCCUCUCCUUUGGUGGUUUCGGCUACUUCCUCUAUGUCGCCUCGCUUCUAUCCUACAACCACAAUCAGAACUCGGGUUUCCUGAUCUUCGCUGGUGCUCUGCUUGGUGUUUGCGCCGGUCUUUUGUGGACUGCCCAGGGUGCCGUUAUGAUGGGUUAUCCCAACGAGCAUGAGAAGGGAAAGUAUAUUUCGAUUUUCUGGGUCAUCUUUAACCUUGGAGGUGUCAUUGGUGGUCUGAUUCCACUUGGUCAGAACAUGCACAGCACCGCCGGUCAGGUCAAUGAUGGCACCUAUAUUGCCUUCAUGGUUCUCAUGGUGGCUGGCUUUAUUCUCGCCUGGGGUCUUGCUGAUUCCAAGCACAUUAUCCGCCAGGAUGGCACCCGCGUCAUUGCGAUGAAGAACCCCACAUGGAAGUCCGAAUUGCUUGGCCUCUACGAAACCCUCAAGACCGACUGGUACAUCGUCACGUUCUUCCCCAUGUUCUUGGCUAGUAACUGGUUCUAUGGUUACCACUUCAACGCAAUAAACGGCGCAUUCUUCUCUAUACGCACACGAGCUCUGAACAGUAUCCUCUAUUGGCUCAUGCAGAUGGUUGGGGCAUUCCUCUUUGGUCUGAUCCUGGACUUGAAGUACCUCAAGCGGCCCGCUCGCGCCAAGCUCAUCUGGUUCAUUCUGUUUGCCCUCACUAUGGGUAUCUGGGGAGGUGGUUAUGCCUUCCAGAGGACCUACACCCGCGAGUCCGUGGCCCCUGUCGAUGGCGUGCCGCAUCAGGGCAAGGACUGGGCCGACAGCGGCUUUGUUGGCCCAAUGUUCAUGUACAUGUUCUAUGGCUUCUAUGAUGCUGCCUUCCAGACGUGUGCAUACUGGUUCAUGGGCUGCCUUUCCAACAACAGCCGUAAAUUGGCCAACUUUGCUGGUUUCUACAAGGGUAUCCAGUCUGCCGGUGCCGCAGGAAUGUGGGCAAUGGAUUUCAACGGCAAGCCGUACAUGACCAUGUUUGCCUCGUGCUGGGGCCUGCUGGGUGCUAGUCUCUUGUGCGCCGCUCCCGUCAUCUUCUUCAAGAUCAAGGAGCACACCGAGCUUGAAGAGGACCUCCGCUUCUCGGACGAGACCGUUGGGGACGUCACUGGACUGGCAGUCGCCGGGCACACCGGCGAAGAGUCAGUCCCCGAAAAGAGGAAGGAAGCUCUCUGA